UGGCAACGGUGCGUCAGUAGCAUCCAGCCUGUGCUUUCGUACAGUAAGGGUUUUCUUCGAAUUUUACGUAAAAAUCAUGUGUUCCAGUUUUAUAUAGCCCACGAUGUUCAGGGUCAAACGUACCUAAAAUACAGUGGAGUAAAUAGAUACGUUUGCCAAGUAUCACUGCAACUACUGUGAGGAAGAUGUCAACGGGCUGAGAGUACGGUGUUUAGAGUGUGAAGACUUCGAUCUUUGUUUACAGUGCUUUGCUUGUGGUGCUGAGAUUGGUAAACACAAACGUGAACACGGUUACCAAUUUAUGGCCGGUGUUUUCCAGGAUACAGGAAACUUUAGCAUUUUCCCCGGUCAAGGACACUGGACAGCCCGUGAGGAAGUAAGAUUACUAGAUGCAAUAGAACAAUACGGGUAUGGCAACUGGGAAGAUAUUGCUCGCCACAUUGAAACAAGAUCCCCAGAUGAGGCUAGGAAUAAAUACAUCAGCAGUUACAUAGAUGGCAACAUUGGCCGUGCAUCGUGGAAACCUGCACUUGAAAGAUUGCAGCUUCCUGUUGAACAUGCCAACGCCUCAGAGACAGGUCCCCUGUCCCCAACUUUGGGCUCCUCUCUUCCUUCACAACCUCUUUCCUCAGAAGAAAAUACAAUCCUUGGGUAUAUGCCACACAGAGAUGAUUUUGAAAGAGAAUGGGAUAAUGAUGCCGAAGCAAUGAUAGCUCCUCUUUUUAUUCAUCCUGUUGAUGAUGAAGAUAUAGAUAUAGCACUUAAAUUAACUCAGGUAGAUAUGUAUAUGAGAAGACUAAGAGAACGGUCUAGAAGAAAACGUGUUGUACGAGAUUUUCAGUUAGUGCCGCAAUUCUUCAAGAAGGAGAGAGAAAAAACACAAAUACCUUUAAAGAAAAAAAAUAAAGAAGAUAAAGAGGUUAUAGCUGAAAAACUACGUACAAUCAGUCAAUUUCAAACUGCAAGUGAACAUGCAAACUUAAUUAAUUCCAUGGUUCGUGAAAGAGAGCUCAGAACGCGAAUAAGAGAGCUUUUAAGAUAUCGUCGUAAUGGUAUAAGACAUGUUGAAGAGUGUCACGAAUUUGAAGUAGCAAGAUCUAGGAGAGAUAAGAAAAAAGAAAAUAGAAAAAAAGGAGCCAGCCUGCCUCAGAUUCCGACUCAAAUGGACCUGUCCGCAAAGUCAAAAGAAAACGACGCAAGAAGUCCGAAAUGUUUAGUCGAAAAAAAAUUCACGCCUCUCGAUACUGGCGGUGGAAGAUGGCUCAGCGGGAACUUGAACGGCAGCGGCAUGAACAGGAGCGACUCCAUGCUGAAUUGGGAGACCGGGAACAGCAUACAACAAACACAACAGGGGGCAGCAGCAGGGGGGAAUGAUGACCCAGUUCCCAUUUCAUCUUUACCAGGGUACCAUCUGUUGUCUCAGAGAGAGAGGAAGUUGUGUGCCUCAUCAAAUAUCAAACCAUCCCAGUACAUUGCUUACAAGGCCGUUUUGCUAAAGGAUGAAGGUGACAAACAGCAGGCAGGAGUGAGCCCAGCAACGCGAGGUGGUGUAUGCUGUCCCCAAGGACUAGACUCCCAUACACAGAGGCUGAUCACUACUUUCAUGACCCAAGCAGGAUGGAUUUCUUUUACUUGACCAUCUUUAAGUUUAUGGGUUUAACCCCAGCCAAACAUUUUUACUGGAUUUUUAUGAAAACUGUAAAUUCUUAUUUGGUAAUUUUUUAUUACAUUAGUAGUAGCUUUUAUUGUGAUGAAUAUUAUAAGAGUAAGCCAUGAUGAUUGGGCAUUUUUUCUGUUAGUGAUAAAAUUAGAUACUUAAAUUCUUAAAAGAAACCAUCUCUUCAAAUUUUUAUUGGGCAUUUAUGAGUUGCUGGGUAAGUCUGCUUAGAUUACUUCUUAGCCAAGACCUGAAGACAUACUUGCAUUCUUUUAGUUUAUCAAGUCUGUGUACUGUGGUGAUGGUUGUAUUUUUUAAGGUUGCAUUGUAUUUGAUUAUUUUACAAAUGAUUUUUGAGUCUCUGAGAGGUAUAACAAAGUCAAAGAGCUCCAAAUACAUAUGACUCGAUUCUAGUCAGAUUACUUUAUGUAUACUCUGCUCAAAAUUAAAUUUCGUUUUUAUUGGUUGAUCAUGAAAAGCAGUUUAUAUACUCUUGAUAUUCUGUUGGUAAGUUGUAUUAACACCUUUCAUUUUGACUAACUGUCUAUUUGCACCAAAAAUUGUAAUGCUGUAGUUAUUAUAUAAGCUAUUAUGACAGUAAUAUUCAAAUCUUGGUUAGACAAGCCCAUUUUAAUAGCGUCACUUUGACUAGGUUCCAAAAGUGGAGAUUAUUUUAAUCUUAAUGAAUCUCUUUUUUUGGAGCCUCUGUGGUAAAUAUAGCCAAAUACAUGAGAACCAAAAUGCUGAUAAGUUCUACAGGCCUAGAAAGAUACAGAACCAUCCACAAGACUGUAGUCUACAUGAACACCAAAUACUGUACUUGUAUUAAUAGUCAAUUUCACUAGUUGAGUGGCUGACAGGUGUUUGUACUACUUAUCAUUAGAUAUCAGUAUUUAAGAUAUAUAAUUUUUUUAUGUGGAAAUUUUCAUAUUUUGUCUACUUUCAUUGUUUUUUUGAAGGUGCACAUCUAUAAGAAAAUUAUUAUUUUAGUAAUAAGGAGAAUUUUUUAUACAAAUUUAUGUACCUGGAUAUUUAUCAUUUUUUUAAUUAAAAAUCCUUGGCUA